AGUCUGCCUUCUCAUUGGCUGGCGGCCGUGUGCAGAUGUCUGCUAACAAAUGGCCUGUCUCUCUCCUGCUUGGCCGAUUAUUUUGAUUAGAGAAACUGUAGAAUGCCUGUAUUAAAUAUUAAAGUCCGCAAACACGUAAAAACGGAAAAUAUUGGAAAUGACAACAGCCCCCUUUAGAAAAAAAACACCACGUUUCAUAUUCGGAUUUCAAGUUUGCAUAAAUAAUUAAAAUAAAGCAAUUCUUCCAAUUGAACAAUGCAUUUUUGUUGCGGUUAGUUGCGUAACAGGCCCAAAGCAGGGGGCUGGAUUUCUUCAGCACCCUGGGAGAAAACACCUUGUGCGAUUUGGACGGCUGCUCGGGCAGCUCCUAAUCAAUUUCAAUUUGAGGUUACCUGCAUGCCAGCCCUGAGGAAAUCCCUACCCUGUGUGAGAAUGAGGUCAGUGGACGUCUGUGGCGGCUCUGAGAUCUGAAGGAGGCAGCCUCCUUGAGCAGCCUGAGGACACCAUGCUCCCGUGGAACCAAUGAUGGACCCGGACACCUUCUCCCACAUCCGGCUGUGGUGCCCCCGGCCUUUCGGGACCUACUCCCAACACAAGCCAAGCAACGGGGCUGGCAGUGGAGUUGGUGGCUCCCUGCUGAAGACAGCCAGCGACCUUGUAUGCCGGGGGCCGCAAGGGGAGGAGGGGGAGCAGGAGCCCACCUCGGAGAUCACUCCCCCAGUCACUCCCCCCUCCCUCUCCUCCAAUGGGAACCAGGUUGAGGAUGGCCGUGUGCUGCUGGACACCUGGUACGUCAUCAAGCCUGGGAACACCAAGGAAAAGAUUGCUUUUUUUGUGGCCCACCAGUGCAACGGGCUGGACUUGACACGACCCAACACCAUGAAGGUCAAAGGGAACUGGAGCACCGACUGCUCCAAGGCGAAGCGCCGCCGCUGCUCCUCCUACGACCCCAGCAAGUCCAGAGCCAACAGCUCUGAUCUGGAGAAGGAGCCCGGGGAGAGUCUGGACGAGGGAGACUGUCUGGAGACGGAGCUCAGCGAGACAGAACUGCUGUCUGUGGCAGAGAUGGUGGCCCUGGUGGAACAGCGUACAGCCAUGGCCUUGCAGGAGGUCAUUGGACAGGUGCCUCCCCAGAGUCUGAGCACCGUUAGGAGCCUCUCCAGCACCAACACCAGUACCCAGGGCUCAGAGGUGUUCCUUUCAGAAGGGGAAACACCUGCUCCAGAUGCUGAUCCCCCUUCCUCCCUCCAACUUCCCCCAGCAGAGAGAGAGCCACCUGAUUCCAGGCGGGUAGCAGAGGCCAUUGCCCACUUUGAGUCUCAGCAACAGCAGCUACAGAGUGCCCUCCUGAGACGCAAUGGGGUGUCGCAAGAGAAGACUGGAGGUGGGGUCGGGGCGAGCAGGGGGACUGGAGGAAAUGGCAGUGGUGGAGCAGGAGGAGGAGGAGGAGGGGGAGGAGGAAGGGAGGUUAGGAUUGCCUUCCGUGUCUCCAGCAUGGACCCUUGCUGUCAGGCUGAAACAGGAAGCUCUGGCCGUCCCAACUGCAUGUUUUUGAGCUGUGGCGGGGGAAGCCCGACCGGGGGUGCCAGGGCCAAAGAGAAGAUCACCUGUGAUCUUUACCAGCUGGUGAGCCCGUCCUCUCGUGACCCCCUGCCUCCCAGCAACAUGGAGAUCCUGCUGGCCGCUGCCGCCUCCCCCAAGGGGACUGGGGAAUCCAGAGGAGAGGGACUUCAAGAGCACCAGAUCCCACCCACGAGUUCAGACUCUACCCCUGAAAGUGAGGCUGGAGAGAAGGGUGGCGAGAGAUUGCGGGAGUGUGUGUCCGGUUUUCACGUAGAAGUGGUGGUGACUGGCGCAGUAGACCAGUGCGUCUUCUACGGGAAGGACAGCACCGAAAACGUGAAGGAAGAGACUGUCCGUUUCACAGUAGGAUCCCCGGCCCCAGAUUCUUUGCCUUGUCCAGGGUGCGAGGAAAACCCUCCCCCUCCAGGACAGCUCUUCUUUUACCACACCCAAACUGCACUGCCUGAUGAGGAUAGCAAGCAGCUGGAGAUCCAGAACUCCCUUGAUUGCACGAACAAUAACCGCAGCAGUGCCGGUGGUGAGCAGUUGGACUGCAGUGAUUCACCCACGGGUCAGGAUCUGGAUUCCUCAGACACUUCCCUGUGCCGGCUCUACCGCCACAUCUCCCACGACUUCUUGGAGAUUCGCUUCAAGAUCCAGCGGCUGCUGGAGCCCCGGCAGUACAUGCUUCUCAUGCCCGACCACAUCAUGGUGAACAUCUUUAGCUAUCUCCCCACACGUUCACUUGCUGCCCUCAAGUGCACCUGCCACUACUUUAAGGCCCUCAUAGAGACUUACGGCAUUCGUGCCACAGACUCGCUCUGGAACAAAGACCCACUGUACCGAGACGACCCCUGCAAGCAGUGCAAGAAACACAAUGAGAAGGGGGACGUGUCGCUGUGCCGCUGGCACCCCAAACCUUACCACCACGACCUGCCUUACGGACGCUCCUACUGGAUGUGCUGCCGGCGCACCGACAAGGACGCGCCAGGCUGUCGCGUCGGCCUCCACGACAACAACUGGGUGCAGCCCUGCGAACUGGUGCAGAACCGUGCUAAGAGGGAGGAUGGGAGGUGAAAUUUGAAUGGCCCCAGUGGAGGAAUUGAGACUGUUUUCAAGGAAGGGAGUUUGGAGGAUGGCUACAUGCUUGCUGAAAGGGUCCAGUUUAACAACAUUUUGUAAUCUGUUAGGUUUGUGCGUGCUGCAAGCGUGUGUGUGUGUGCGUGUGCGUGUGCGUGUUAUAUUGGAUUUUCUUUCUCGUUUCCCUUUCCCCAUGUACAGAUUUAUGGCCUACACUCCAUGGUUUUUUCAAAGUCCUUCUCAAACAAGAGAGCUGCCACUUGUCUUCAAGGUUCCCAUCCUCCUUUCCAUCCUCCUUUUGCCACCCAGUAAAACACCUCUUAAGAGAUAGAUCCUGCAAGUAGGCAUAGCCAAAAGAUUCAAAAUUGAUGUUUUACAAAACCAGGGCUAUCGCUAUCCUGUUUUUAGCGCCUUCCGUUGUGAUUAUAAAUAAAUGUUUAGCCUUGUUUUGAUUUACCCUUACCAUCCAUGGCACUUUCUUGCUAAAACAUGUGAUUGAACUGGGAUAAUAAAUACAUUUACUGUGAAAAUAAAGCGUAACGUUUAGUUUAUGGUCUCAACACAAUACUUGUGUGGUAACUAUGAACAGACUGGCACAAAAGUACUGUAUUUUCCCACUGCAGAGUAUAAGGUAGUACAUUGGGUAUGGGACUCUGAACAGACAGAUUUUCCUUGAAUGCACUAACAAUAACAUUUGAUGGACAGUGGAUGGAUUCCAUACCUAUGCCUUCAUGCAAGAUCUAUAGCGUUUAAUCCAGCAAUGCCAAUUCUGACUGCAAUUCCUUAGCAAAAUAACAGUGUUCAAUAAGAAAACGAAUAUCGCUGUUUCUGGAGUGGGUGGGUAUUUUCAUGGCAGGAGCCAUGGACAUAACUAAUCUUACAGGGAGCCACCGGCUGCUGCAUAAUGUGACAUUUUUUGCCCUGUGUUUAAAUAAUAACAAAUAUUAAUAAAGAUGAACUGUAAUAUAGCUCUUUGGGAUAUGCACAGUCUGUUUUGUAUGUGAAGUACCAGGUAUCAAACACCACAGCUGUCCUCUAGUCAUACAUCAGUGGCAUUGCUGGUUUGAACAGCGUUGUGGCAGUAUUGGUGCAGGAGAUAAGUGAAGGAGGCUUUUUCUGUUCAUUAAGCUACAGUGGGAUAUUAAACAUAGCAACACAAAAGUAGGCUUGUUGUGUUUCGAAUCCAUCUCUACAUGUCUCUAUACCGAUUGCACAGAUCCUCACUCUGCUUCAGGUCCAGUCUUUGUUAAGAGUUAACACAUCUGCAAUUCAGGCUUCACCAAAUCUGACUCCAAUGGGUCAGUCCAGCUCAGGUUAUUGUUCCAAUCAGAUCUUUACUUAAAUCAUGUAUACUUUUAAAUAAAACAUAUUUAUGUGCACUGAAAUAUAAAGCAUUUUGAAAUGUGUUGGGGCAGACUGGAAUAAAAACUUAGCCUGGAACUGACUACUGGGGCGGAUUUAGUCAUCCCACUGCAAAUAACACUGUGUAAUUUGGCAUUUCAUCUUACCCAGUGUUAAUGGGAAUGUAAUUAUUAGGUCAUCAUUUAAACCAAGAAUGAGCUCAUAAAUGCCAACCUUCCAAGUCGGUGACGUUAUAAUUUCAAUCCUUAACAAGAACAGACAGAGAAAAUGUAUGUAUCAAGGAAAGUUCACACAUUUGCAAUAUGUGUGUGUGCUCUCAAACACAAUGUGAGACAUUCUGAUGCACGUAACGUAAUGUAUUUAUUGUAAGCUUUUAAGAUUCCCAGUCGGCGUGUGUAAGCCUCCUGCCUCUUGAGUCUUUUAAGUGCUUUCAAGUGAUUUGUUCCCUAGGCCUUCCACCAAAGCUUUGGCCUUAAACAGGGCUGAUGGAUUUUCAACUGAGCAAUGUGAAUAAUGUCACUUAAUUUGAUUGAAAUGUUGCCAGUUUUGUGCAUGUGAAUGAUCAGAUGAAUCCGUGGCCAGCCUAGUCCAGCUCAUUAAAUAUCUCCUGUAAAUGUAACGUCAACUCACAGCUAUACAUACAAGGCUCAGAUCUGAGCUCAGUUUAUAUACAGGGUGGAUCAAAAACAUUAUCCUCGAUAUUUAUGUAGAAAUACCAAAAAGAAAUUGCUAAACAAAUAUUUCAACUUCAUGACUGGUGUAAUCCGGCUGUCUGUGGACUUGUUGCUUUAGGUUCAUUUCCUGUGUCAUGGUUAUGGAAAAUAAAUAGUCUUGGCACUCAAAAGCUUUACCAGAAUGAGAGUACUAGGAUGUUUACAUGAUUUCAUCAUUUGUAUAUUUGGUUUCAAUUAAAUAUUUCUCUUUGCUCCAA